GAAGUGGGUUUGAAAAUUGGAUAAAUUUGAGAGAUAUGUAGUGCAAGGAAAAUAAAACUAUGCUCAUUACUAAACAAACAGAUUUUAAAAAAAUUUCAAAGCAAAUACUUAAAAAUAUAAUAUAAGGACUUAUUUCCAAUGAACUUAUGGUCGAAGAAGUUUAAAAAAGUUAUAAGUUAAUUGCCCAAAAAAUGGUGAGCAACUCGGGUAAAUGCCAUUUUUAGAUAAUUUGAAACUUAGCUAAAGUUUAGUGGGUCAAGCUAAAGAUCUGUAAGGUAACUAAUGACUUUACAUAACUUCAAUUUGUAAGCACUUUUUAAGGGUUAUCUUCAAGUAUUCUCUAAAAAAUUUAGAAAAUUUUACAAGAAUAUAUCAAGCUAUUAUAAAUAAUAUAAAUAUAAAAUAAAAUCGGUAUGUCUUUUGUAUCUUUAGCGCCGAACUAAGCUUGGCUUUAUCGCUCGCAUAUACAUACGUAUGUAUCUAUGUAUUUGGUCUCAUGCUGGUAUAAGACUUAUUCAUUUAAUUACUUUCACUUUAGAAACGCCGAACCAAGGGCAUAAUAAAUUAGUGAAAGCAUAGCAAAUCAAGCACACUCUAUACUCUACCAUUCACACUGUCUAUCCCGCAUCACACGAAGUUUCUACCCCUGCGCCGAUAUCGCAGAAAAAUCAUUAGAAACAGGAAAACAACAAACCAUUGUCGUCUACUGGGUGGUAGUUAAAAGACCCCAUAGGAACAAUCAUACCACAAUAAGCGAGUAUACUGAUUUUUUAAAUGUAUUUAUAGAAUGGCUGUGACACUCUUUUCUCAGUGUAAAAUCAACUUUUAGAUUUCUGGGACCCUCCAUUUUUUCGAUUUAUUUGCAUGUUUGAGAACAAAAACAAAUUUUAAUAAUCGAAAUUCGCUAUAGUGCUUUUCAAAAUAUUCUCCAUUAAGAUAUUUACAUUUUUGCAUACGUUUAAAUAAAUUGUCGAAGCGUUUUUGCCACUCUGAUUAAGGUAUCUCCAAAACAUGCCUUUUGAACGCAUCAACCGCAUCAACGCAUCUUCAGAUGGCGAGUAAUGAUGACCUCUAAGUUUAAUUUUUCAAACGUGAAUUAAAAAGAAGUCAUUUGGUGCCGAGUCAAGACUUAAUGGAGGAUGACUCAUCACAUCUAUGAAUGCUCAAAAAUUCAAUUGUUCCAGUCCAUGGUUGAGAGCUCGCAUUGUCUUCGGUGGUUGGUUUUCCCGAUUUCUUGAAAGACAACUGGCGGACAAGUGGUUGGAUACCUUUCAGGAUUUUACUGUUCUGCGUUGUUUCAAUGCUAGGCCGCAGUGCAACUCCACACUAAAUUGAAUUUUUAAAUUCUACCUGCCUUAAGGUCCCACCACGAAUCUCCUCAAAGGGCCAAAGGACAUGAGCAGAUUGAAGCGAAUUCCAAGAGCUAACUGCUUCCCGUGGUACCAGAUUUAAGUCCCCGUUCAGACCUUGUGGGUUUUGCUACUACCAAUUGGGCACCCAUCAAACUCAAUGACUGCUGACAAUUGUCGCUUGAACUUCAAAAGUAUUUUCAUUAGAGGGAAUUUCAUUUAAAGUCAUUAAUAUCAGUUCAAGCUGAGUAUUAAAGCAUUAUCUUGGAUUUUCUGGUCAUAUUAAAAAAAAAAGUGGUGUACUCUUUUUCCUGCAGGCAUACCGAGCUCACAUGCACACAUUCGACAUUAACGACAUAUACACACAUACAAGUGCAUGGCUAUCGAUAUUCCCACCCUCAAGGUGGCAUCACUACUCGCCACUUUUUAUUGCUAUUGUACAUAUUGUUUUUGUUGACUUCACGAUGCUUGCUAUUGUAUUCCGCCUGCUAGCAGUUUACUGCUGACGAUAGCUUUUACUUAGUUGACUCGAUUUGUGCUACAUCCAUAUUUGGUCGCUAGUCUGCGUUAGUCCUUCAGCUUUUACUUCUUUUGCGUCGUGUAAUACAGCAAUAAAUGGCGCUCGUUGUAUUAGUUUGGAGCCGAUUUCUUUGGGUAGCGACGGGUACAUUGUGUAUAGAGAGAAAGAGUCUCAUAGUCAAAACCAGAGCCACUGGCAAUUUAGUGUCAACUUCUCAGUUGCCAAUUUCACAACAGCACCGCGCGGCGUUCACAGAAAUUGAAAGUUAAAAAUAUAAUUUCUUUCCGCACAACCUUAACUGCAGAGACACACAAAACUGGUUUUGUUGUUGUUGUUAUUGUUGCUGUGUUUCUUUUUGUUUUCUUCGCGACUACAAGAACAGCGCCACCCACCAACCCCCAGCCGCACGUAAGAUUACAUAGACAAGUAAGUGUGUACUUGCAUAAUUGCAUAGUGGGGGGUGGAGAAUAGAAGUGCUGCAGCAGUACACCAAACAUCUCACCCUUAAACGGUAGCAGAGACACCACAGCAGGUUAAGCUGACUCACACCGUGCUCUUAGUAGACGGGCGUGCGUUGCGGCCACAGACGGACGCACAGUGGACGCGCAUUAACUAUUCUGAGUUGUCAGCAGGACACACACACACACACACAUACAAUCAUACAUUUACAAAAAAUAUACAAAUUUAUACACAUACUCAUAUACAUACAUAUAUUAAAUAUUAUAUGUGCACAUAAUUAUAUAUGUAAAUAUGUAUGUCUUUCGUUACAUAUGUGCUUAUACAUACAUAUAUGAUAGAUUUACAUACAUACUAAAGAUGUGCAUGUGAGUUUAUGUCUGUAUGGUGUCUUCAGUCGCAGCCCAUUUUAGCCGCUUAAGCAGUAGUGUUAGUGUUGCCGUGAUUAAAUCAUCGCCGCCAAACUGUGCGCUCGCGAAAAACGAAAGUUGAAGCACUUCAAUAUGCCACUAGCAUAAGCAGCGGUAGGAACAGUAGAGGCGCGACAGUAGCAGCAAAGCCUAGCCAAAUAGCCAACUUGUCGCUGACAUCCGCACCGCUGUCAGGCAGUUAUACUUGGUUUGGUGUGUGAAUUGGCAGCAGAAUGCUGAUGUGUAGUGAAGGUUGUGUGUAAAUUGCCUGAUUUUUUUCUUUCUUUUCGAACACAGUGUAAAGUGAGCAAUAAAAGGACAUUUUCUAAGCUAUAAAACGAAUGCUUCUUAUUGAUAAUAAAAACAAAUAAAACUAAAUUUAAUAAUAAUAAUAUAUUAUAAAACUCAAAUUAUAACAAAAUGUGCAAAAUUGUGUAAUUACAGUACGGAAGAAAUGCAAAAAGUGAAAAGUGAAAGCCUAAACGGAUAAGCAAUAAUUUACGCAACCCACCCAAACAAGUUUGCCAGCGCGAAUCAUUUUCCAUUUUUUUUAAUUAAUUUUCAAAUAGUUAUAGUUCUGUAUAAGUGACGUAGUGAACGCUAUUAACUUUUUUCGUCGCUGACACAAACUCGCCGUAAACGUGUCAUGAUGAAUUUCUCCGCGUUCGGUGGUCCCUUCUCCGGCAUACAUCAGUUUGCGGCCAAAUUUGGACACGACACACAAGGUCCACCCGGCGCCUUUGCCACGCCCACCGGUAUCAAUGGCAAUGCAACGGCGGGAGUCGCCGAUAAUCAUGUGCAACGCUAUCAGACCAACGGCAAUCAUUUCAAUCAAAAUAUACCAAAUGUCUCGGCCGCCAAUAACACAAUGCAAUACGGACAAAAUAUAUCCAUACCAUAUUCACAGCCGCAAACUGAUUUAAAUUUUCUGAACUCCACGGACCAUAAAGGGAAGAUACAUCCGAAAAUCGAACGCGACCGCGAAGAAGUUUUGAAUCAACAAAUUUUGCAAAAUGUCAAUCAGUCGUGGCAAACAUUGGCCAAUACUGCCAACACCGUUGAUUACUCGUCUCAUUUGCUAUCUGCAACACUGCCAAUCUCAAUACAACACUUCCUCAAAUAUUCCGAAACAAUAAAGAAGGAAUCCUCAGGUAUUGUCGGCUCUCAAAUCAACUCAGGGAAUUUAAAUUUGAGCAAUUUGGAUACAUCACCAUCGGGUUUUAAGGGUGAUGUUCUCAAGAAUGGCACGAAUUUGAGUCUGGCACUCGGUGGUGUCGCACUCGCUCCGCCGUCCAAUCAGCAAGCAAAUGGCGCUACACAUCACAAUGGCGGCAUUGUUGGCAUGGAUCAUACUGUCCAUAUGACCAAUAUGACAGAUAAUACAAAUAAUGGUGCAUCCCUACAUCAGGGUGUUAAUGGCAAUGCGCCAAAUCCAAAUGUAAAUGGACAAGCAAAUAAUGGUCAACCCACCACUAAUGGUACGGUUACGAAUGGUAACACGGUUACGAGCACUGCACCGGCUGGUGCCACGACUACCUCAACCGGUGGUACUACAACGACCACUGGCAAGAAGACCCGAAAGAAGAAGCCACCAAAGGAGAAGAAGCCACGCCCGAAACCGGGUGAGAUACGUGAGAUUAAAGCAUUGGAUGGUUCCACGCUCUAUUGCUGCCCCGAAUGUCAAAUGGCCUAUCCCGAUCGUAGUUUAAUCGAACAACAUGUUAUCUCACAUGCCGUAGAGCGGCGGUUCGUUUGCGACAUAUGCAAUGCUGCAUUGAAGCGUAAAGAUCAUUUGACCCGUCACAAGCUAUCGCACAUACCGGAUAGACCACAUGUUUGUAAUAUUUGCAUGAAGUCAUUCAAGCGAAAGGAGCAAUUAACACUGCACAUUGUCAUACAUUCGGGAGAAAAGAAACAUGUUUGCGUUGAGUGUGGCAAAGGCUUCUACCGUAAAGAUCAUCUGCGCAAGCAUACACGAUCGCACAUUGCACGUCGCGUUAAGUCGGAAGUAUCAGCGCAGAAUGUAAAUGGCGGCAGUGGCACCGGAAACACUGCUCAGAACAACACGAUACAAGGCUCCUGAGGUUCGUACAAGGACUUUUGGUAAAUCUUCAAAAAAACUUCACUCGUGCUACAGCAUGUUGAAAGCAUCAACUGCCAUGGCCGCGCUUAUCCAAAAUCGCGUCUCAUGUUAGUGGUUGCAGUCAAUGUGUGUGUAGUGUGAAGUUUCUUUGAAUGUUUAUCAAUUGUCCUGCUGAGCCUUAAUCGAUGUAAGAAGGAGCUGAAAGAUUGUAGCAAGUAUGCGAAAGAAAGUGAAUUUUUUUCUAAUUAAUCAUGAGAAAGCAGUGUUUUUUAUUUUAUUUUACAACUAUUUUGGUAAAAGGUUGAAGAACGUGAGAAAAAGAAAUCAUGCAAAAGAAUAACAAUGUUCACAAUCGCACAAAGCUACAUACAUACAUAUGUAUAUGUAUAAGGUAGAACACGGCGUCACAUUUGCAAUUGAACGCCAAUAAUAACAACAACUAGUAAUAACUGAAACCGUUAAAUAGCAAUUUCGAUGUACAAAAUAUUUAUUUAAAAUAUAUACUGAUGUUAGGAAGACAAAAAAAAAAUACUGAAAACUAAAAACUAAAAACAAAAAUAUUUUUGCUGAAAAAGUGUAAAAAAUAUUAAACAAUAUUUUAACGAGACGAAUAGCAACUCAUGAUGAAGAACGCGCAAAUAAUUACAGACAUACAUACAUAUGUACCAUAUAUAGGUAUAUGUAUGCUUAAUUGUACGCGCAUUUAUGCAUACAUACAUACAUGCAUAAGGGAGCAUCAAAGAAAAAAAACUAAAUUAAUUUUAUGAUAGUGAAUAAUUUUGUUUGUUUUAAUUUUGAGGAUCUGUGAUCUUUUUUGGCUAUAUAAAAUUAAUAAAACAAGACAACAAACGAUCGCUAAUAAUAUGUAAAUACAAUUAUAAGUGAGAGUGAGUAUAAAAAUGACAAUUGUAAUAUUACAUAAUAGCUAGUGGACACACUUAUGUGCAUACAUAAGUAAAAAUAAUAUAAAAACUGAAGCAAAUAUAAUUAGUUUUUAUAUUACAAAUAAAAAAUAAAUCACGUGCAAUUUAAUUUAUUGUAUAUUUUUUGUAUUUUGUUUUCAAUUCUGUUGUACCUAAUUUUUGUUCUGUUCAAGUUUUACCAUAUUUAAUCGAGUAUUAAUUAAGUAUUAAGUAAAAGAAAUAAACAACGCGAAGUUCAUACUUUGCGUAAACAUGAGUAUGUACAUAUAUACAUAUUAAGUAUACGCAAAUACAUACAUACACGCAAACAAUUUGUAAUUGAGUUGAAAAAUGUAUUAGAACUGCUAGGUCUUACACCGUACGGCACAACAAUUAAUCUAAACAUUUACGUAUGUAUGUAUAGUACACAUGUAUAUGGAUGUACAUAUAUAUACACAUACAUCCAUAAGUUUAAUGUAAAUAAGCAUUAAAAUAUGUAACACAGUCAAGUAUCUACGGCAUUUAUUAUGUAUAUACAUACGCGCAUACAAUUGAAACAUACAAAAAUACUGUAUUUCUAGUUUAGGAUUUUUUAUAAACAGCUUAAAUGAAGAUUUUAAAAAUUUAAUACAUAAUUUUUUGAGACACGCAACUACACCCUGACCGACUGACUGCUGGAGCUUCACACACCAAACCAUAUAUGGAAACAUGCAUACAUACAUACCUACAUAUAGGACAGUAAACAUUCCAAGUUUUAUUUAAGUGAGACUCACAUUAGAUUCAAUUAUAGCAAGUACGUACUUACAAUGAAAAAAUAUGAUGUUGUUUGUUCAAUGAUGGUAAGGAUCAUUUAAAACAAAUGUUGUCUACCAACAUAUUUGAAUCUUAACACUCACUUCAUACCGGUACACCGUAAAUAUAUACAUGCCUACUCCGACUUGCACUAUAUUUUCCCUGAACGGGUUUUUCAAUAAGAGCGCUACAAAAUGCCAUUAUGUAUGGAACUCGAUUUCUUUUGCAUAACCUCCACAGGCACGACCAAUAAAUAAUGAAUAUUUUGCUUAUUGACGAAGCCAUUCAGCCAAAAAUGAACCACAUCGCUGAAGAUGAUUUUGCGAUGAAAAUUCGGACCAUUUUCAAGUUGAUGCUCAACCUAAUUCUCGAAUAUAUGACGAUUCUGAUGGUCGAGGGGCUUCAGUUCUUGCAUCAAUCUGAUCUUGUAAGGAUGUAGACCAAGAUCUUUUCGCAAAAUUCGUCACAACGACGUCACAGAAGCUCAAUUUUUGAUCUGACAGGACGAUUAUGGCGAUUACAAAUUGGACGUAGCGCUCUUAGAGUGAAGACCACUGAAUGACUGAAUUUUGGUAGUAAAUUUUAAUAACUUCGACUCUUUGUUAGAUCGUAUACAUAUCUUUUCAUGAUGAAAUGGCAAACCUUACUAAAGAAAAAUAUCAAAAUAGCGGAAAAAUAUGGCGUCGUUUGCUAUCUCUUUGUAGCGUCCCUAUUGAAAACCCUUUUAUUGUCGGCACCAACGACAUGGCAAUAAUCUCGGUAAAAAUGCUACCCAAACUAAUGGUUCAAAACUAAGACAAAGAUUUUUUUUAUAAACUUUUACCCUAUAACAAAUACAAUUUGAAGGAUAUUAUAGCCUCAAGCUGCCGAAGUUAACGUUUUUUCUUGAUUCAUUAUGCUUUUGUCACUAUCUAUUCAGAACCCCGAUCAGCAUAUUAUGUAUUAAUGUACUUUGAUUAUACUACCGACGAUUCUUCCGAAUGAGAAAAAUGGAUAUUUUAAAAUUUUAAAUAAAUAAACAUGCCACUAUGACUUUUCGGCGCUUUUGACAAAUCAAGGUUUUCUUCAACUACGACUACAAAAACUUUUCACGCAAAGUAAUCUUACUAACAUUGAGCAUUGGGUCAGCACCUACAAUAGUUAUACCAGUAAAAACACUACUCACUUGCACAAAUUGUUUUUAGCACGCCAAGCCACACAAAAUUUUAAUUUUAUUAACACAAGUUAUAUUUUGUUGGUCACCAUCAAUCUGACUGCUCCAACGGUAUUAAAUUUGACAAGAGAACGGACAACUCCAACACAAGUAGCAUUUACUCGCCAGAUUCAAUUUGCCAUUCAAAUUAAAAUGUAUUUCGACUUGCCAACCACUGCUAUAAUUUCACAAAAGUGAUAACUAAAACAUAACGGCGACAAGACAAAUAUUAAUUUCAAAUUCAACUAAAUCCAUGCAUACAUAUACAAUAAAUAAGAUACAAAUUUAUAUACAUAUAUAAAAUAGAUGAAAAUAAAUAAGCUAUACAAACAUUGCCAUUAAUACAGUUAAGCACAUCAUAAAUAAAUAACCACUGAACAAUAAACAAUAAGAAGCAAAUACAACAAACAAUACUUGAAAUACAAAUUUUGCAGUAAACAUAUAGUUCAAUUCAAGUUCAUACAAAGUAUAGAAAUGUAAGAUCAACUACAUAUGUAUUUAUAACUUAAUCAAAUGAGCAUAUAAAGAUCUAUUUUUUGUAAGUUAGCCAGCUAAGCCGUAUUUAUACAAAAAAAACUAAACUAAAAAAUUCCCAAUUACAAACAAAUCAAUCAAUUUAAUAAAAAAUAUGUAAAUGAAAUCUGUAAAACAUCACCAAAUUUACGGCGAUUAUUUUUCUACUAACAACUACAUACAUGCGCAUGAAUACGUGCGCACCGUGAAUAAACAAAAUAGUAUUUAAUGUAAAAUUUUGACAAGAGUGUACUGAGCACAAACGACUAAGUACAUAUAACUGUUUGUAUGUUUGUACUGUGAAAAUUUCAUGAAAAACAACACACGCUCAUGAAUAAACGCGCCUCAAAGUGCCGAACGUGUUGUGGUUUCCAUAUAACAGAGCCAUCAAACUAUAUAAUUAAUAAUACAUAACAUACAUGCAUACAACAAAAAGCGAAUUAAAGUUCAAACACUUAUUUCAAGUGACAGCAAAGAUUUGUUCAAAUUAAUUGCAUUUGACUCAGCAGCACUCAUAAUUAACUUGUAUAACAAUAAAAUAAAACACUAACACACUAAUAAGUUACAAAUGCUGCUAAUAAAUACAUUUACUAUAGACUUCAUAAAAGCCUAUUCGUGGUCAAAAAAAUAAUCAAGCUAUUUCAGUAUACUUAAGUAGGUAUAACUACAAUAAAUACGAUUAACUGAUAGAUCACUGAAUAAUAACCAGUAUAACCGACAAUUUUUAUAUAUAACGUAACUAAUAGAGUGAAUCCUAAAAAUACAAAGGUAUAAACUUUUAAAGGAAUUUUUUUUAAAGGUAGCAGUUUUUCAGUAUCAUAUUUAAUAUUUUUUUUAGACGGGUAAAACUUUCAAGCUUUUUUGCGAGCGAAUUGCAUAGUACUUGUGUUAAUAUAACUUUUUAUAAAAUUGCAUAAAUAUUUAAAAUUUCUUUUAACUAAAUUUUGAAACUUUCAAAGUGUCAUGAAAUAAUAGUUAAUUCGUUAAACCAUAAUUCAAUCAUACAGUUAAGGUUGUGGUGAUAGCACAAAAAAUAAGAAUUUCCCAGAAAUAUUUUAACUAAAAAUGUCAAAAUGAGUUUUUGCUUUAUUUUUAUAAUUCGAAAAUAAGUUUUUUAAACACUCCAACCAUGAAGUUGUGUCAGUAACACAAAAACAACAAUUUCUCAAAAGUAAUUGGAUCCAUAAUGUCAAAAUCAGCCGUUUUUUUUGUAAGCUAUCAAUCAAUGAAAAAGCGUUUUUUUGAGUGACAACUCAAUACGAAUAGAAGAAAAUAGAGAAAAUCAAAAAACAACAAGUUUUGACAUUGUGAAUAUAAACGCUUCUUUCGUAAGAGAAAGCACACGCCUCAACCUUCUAUAAUUGAGUCUUAGCUCCGAACAAUGAAAAUGUGUUUUUUGGGUGAUAACUGAAAAACCACUUAAAAUCAAAAAAUGUUUUUUGAGUUUUAAUCUAUAAUAUUAAAACAACCUUAUAUAAUUGAAUCGUGAGUUUAACAAGCUCUCUAACUUAAAAAAAUAAACCUGAAUGUAUGUACAUAUACAAGUACGUAUUCAAUUAAAAAUUAAAAUUAAAAUCAGCAAACAAGCAAUUCAGCAAUACAGUGUGAACUUCCCUUUAAUUACAUAUAAAAAUAUAAAGACAUUAGCAAAAUAGAAAACCAUGAAAUUCGAAAACGUUUAGAUGUACGAAGGCACAUACAUGCGAAAAGUACAAAUUGUGCGUUAAAUUGAUGUAAUCACUUGAUAUGAUAUAUUUAAAAAACCAACAAAAAAUAUGUAAAGGAUGUUUGUUCUCUGAAAAUAGUUAAAGAAUACUACAAAUUCAUUAUUUGCUGCACCACGGACUUACAUACAUUACAUACGCUCAAAUCAUACACGCUAUACCUGCAUUUCACCUUGGAUCAGCUGGUGACUGAAAACGAAACGGAAAAUGAAAGUUUCUAGACGCUUCAAGCUUUCGUGAAACAAAAUAAUAAUAAUACUUGCAUUCCUUUAUAACAACUCGCCAGGCACAUGCGUAGGUUCUACACAACAACUUUUUAAAAUGAAAUGCACGUGGUUUUUCAGACUUCUUUCGACAAUUUCAUUAACUGCAUUUUUGCUUGAAACUGAUCCUUAAAACUUUUUAAUGCGUGGCUCAUCUAAAUAUAAUAGACUUAUAUAAAAAACUACUACUUACAUUUUCUCCGCUUCUUGAGCUAUCCAGCGAUCUUAGCUGUACAAAGAUCAUUUGAAUUAAUUAAUCACUAAGUUUACCACUUUCUGAUACCGUAACGAAACUUUUAAUAUGUUCUCAAAUAAAUACGGUGAGUUGCCUAAAACCUGAGUUUCACACAAUGUCGAAUCAAACAAGCACACUAGACUCUGUUUUCAUAAACACGCUCAUCAAACGGAAUCAUUUUCAUUUGUAUUUGAUUCAUGUGUAAUUAAUAUAAAGUAAUUAAGCGAAAAUGUAAUCUAAAAAUAAAAUAAAAUUAAAGUAAACAACAAAGAAAUUAAAUGAACUCAGGGAUAGAGCCUCCAAAAAUUUAAUAAAUAAAAGACAUGCAAUAUUUUAGCAAAAACAAAACAAAAAAAAAACAAAAACCGAAACAAAAAUAUUAUAAUUGCUUAUACGAAAUUUUAAAUUUAACAAAUUUUAACGAGAAUAAAAAUAUAUGUCUAAACUACUUGAAAUAACAAAGCGUAAAAAUUCAAAAAGAAACAUUCAAAGCACCGGAAGGAAAUAUAAAACCAAUUAAUUGAUAUAAAAGUUUAACUAUGUAGUAAGCAGAAAGAACUUAAAAGUAAAAAACAACUCAAAGCAUAUUUGAAAGCGUCAAACAAAAUGCGAACAAAGCUUAAACACGAAAUUAAAACGUUUUAAACAAUUUCACACACAAAAUUUUGCACAAUACUUAUUAAAUAAUUUAUGUACUCUUGUAUGGCAAACAAAAAACUUAAAGAAAGUCAAAGAAGAUUGAUUGUAAUUUAAAAUACAAAUGUUGUUUUGCUUUAAAAAUUUUCAAUUUUUUGCGAUAAAAUACAUAUGUAUGUAUACAUUCGUAUAUCUGCUAUAAGUAACUGAACACCUUUGAUAUGUAUUCGGAUAAUAACAAAAAGAAAAAAUAAGUUGUAGAAGUUUGGUAUUAGAGGCUUAAACAUGAUUCGAUGGAAUUUUGCAAAGUGUUUAUGGUUUUCGUUGCUGUUGCUGAAUGACAGUAGUAGUGCAGUAUACUUAAAUUAUGCAUAAUUAUGUGCAACCUGCGACUUAAAAUAAUAAGGUAUAAGAAAUGUUACAUAAAACAGUGGCAGCAUUACCGUUAGUGAGCCUAGUAGGUUUCAGUGAUGAUUAUAAAUACAUAUUACGGUAACCGUUUUUACCCAAAUUGAUUUCGUUUUUUUACAAACUCUCCCUAAAGUUUCAGAAUUUGCUCUGAAAAAAUGGAUCCACUGUAAAGAACCUCCUUAUUUUCAAUAUUAACGUUGACAAAGCUAUUUUACUUUUAUUAUACAUUUAAUGUUUUGAUCUUUUGCAAUAAUUUUUGUGUUUUUUAUCUCCCAAACAGAUAAGCCUAUAACUUUCAUAUAAUGAUAUUUUCAUACAAUAUUUUCCAUUCUAAAUUUUCUUCAAAAGGGUCUAAUUAAUUUUUUUAUAAAACCAUUUCUUUAAAAGUUAUACGCAGUUAAGUUAGGUAUCAAAAGAACUGUAUUCAUGCAGUACACCAUGUCGUAUGAGUGACACAGAAUGUAUACAUAAAUUUAUACAGUACACCAUGACGUAUGAGUGACACAGAAUGUAUACAUAAAUUCAUACGGUGCACCAUGGGCGACACAGAAUGUAUACAUAAAUCACUUCAAUGAAUGCUCAAGUCAUUGGACUCCCCAAUACAUAUAGCCUACUUAUUGCUUUUUUUUAGCUUUUUCACGUUUAUAUUGUAAACGAUUAUGUUAUAUGACAAAAGUAUGUCAAUAUGUUAAAUGUACCAUUUUAGGUUUGAAAAUGUUUUUACACAAUACUGCUAGUCCAUUAGUUGCCUUUUAACUUUCAAUUUUAAUUUUAUAUUAUAAUACGCUGAUUUCAGCGUUAAAUAAGAUACCUUUAAGCUAAUGUCUACACAUACUGUGUUAGGAGUUUUUAGACUUUACAAAACAUCUUUAAUUUUUUUUGUAUUAAUUUUACUCUCCUACUUGCUAUAAUAUAAAGUAGUUUAAAUAAUUUUUACGUUUGAGCAAACAGUUGUAAGGUUAGAAAGUAGUUGGAUGGCAAAAUUGAUAACAAUCGGUAUGAAAGAUAAUAUUUUUGUAAACGACCUGAAAUGAGUGGUUUAUUUUUUUAUAUGCAGAAAGAUAUAGGGUGUAGCGUAUGGCGAGUGAGUCAUGACCUUGAUCAGGUUUUCAAAUAUUAAUAUAUAUGUAGGUAUGUAAUAGUAAGCUGCGAACAAAAGACGACUUGGUAGUACGUAGUAGGAUUAAAAAACUAUUUUUAUGAAAAUAUGGACUGUAAAAUCAAACGAUAUGGAAGAAUGAAAAAUUAGAUGCUCGCCACUAGGAAAACCAGUGAGCAUAUGAAUACUUGUAAUAUUGUAAAGAAAUGCAUGCACACGAGUACAUACAUAUUGGUUAAAUGAAUAUUAAAGAAAAAUAUAAAAAUUAAAUUCACUUUACAGCAGCUGUUUUUCACUUAUUAAAUUAGAAAUGAAAAUUUUGAAAAAAAAUUAAUAUUAUAAAAGAUAGUUUACGACAAUGGUGAUAUAGUAUUGGUGUAGCAACAAUUACAUAAUAAAUUCUUUAAUUGGACUCACUCAGAAAAACCAGCAACGUUUAUGAAGCAAAGUAAUUAGAAGUUAUGAAGAAAUAAGCAGACUUGCAUACAAGCAAGGCAAGGGAAAGCGCGUAUUUUUUUUUGGCAGCAAUGAGGUUACUGAAAUAUGUUUAGGAUGAUGCAUAUAUUAUAAUUCUUAAACUCAUUAACUUAACAAAUUACUUCAAAGUAUUUCAUAAAAAUGAAAGGUGUGUAUAAUGUAAGGCAAAUGAUAUAAUAAUGAGCAUAUAAAUAAUUACACAAAAGAAUUGAGCGAAACAAGCUAAUGUGCGAUAUUGUACUAAAUUAUGAAUAACUUUGUACUUGAAUUAAUAUUUUAUUUAAACUUAAGUCAAGAUAUUCAAAUAAAAUAUAAUCAUUUCAAUUCAAAUA